AUGGCCUCUCUCCGGUGUAUCCAUAGCCCCUCGAGCGCAAAUAUCUUCGUGCAGCUUGCGCGCCGUACAACAUCGACGUUGAACUCCCCGGCAACGAUCCUCUCGGUACUUGUCCCGAGAUGGGAGUCCGGCACGACCACGGCCACCACGAGCAAGGCCGGCUUCGGCACAACCCGACAAUGCUGCACCCAGAGUGUUUCUAGGAGGAUGAUGCCGCAGCGCUUUGCUGGGAGGACGAUGCGACAGCAGACCCGCGCCUUCACGGCCUCCGCGACGAGGAGGCAGACGAAAUGCGCCUGGAACCCGAAGACAGACGAGGAAGGGCAAGAGAUGAAGCUCGAUAUCACAGAUAGAGCAGGCAAGCGUCUAGCAACUAUCAUGAAGAAGGACAACAACCCGAACCUAGCCCUGAGGAUACAAGUCGAGAGCGGAGGCUGUCAUGGCUUCCAGUAUCUCAUGAGCCUAGUUACCCUGCCCGAGUGCGAGAGCGCAGAGGACUGGUCCAAGGUCGUUGGGGAGGACGAUACCGUGUUUCAAUACCUGCCAGAAGAUGCCGACCCUUCAAGCGUAACCUUUGAGGGACCAAAGGUGGUGAUUGACGAGCCGUCGCUGGAUUUGCUGAAGGGAAGCAAAGUGGACUUUACGAUGGAGCUUAUUGGGUCCCAGUUCAAGAUCACGGACAACCCGUAUGCGUCAAGCAGCUGUGGAUGUGGAACUAGCUUCGACAUCAAGAUCUGA